UUUUAUAAGAAAAAAAGAUCUUUAUGAGAAUGUGAUACAUAUAAAUAGAGAAAUAAUAGCAGCAUUUAUUUUUGAAACGCUCGGGAAUCGGAACCGCUUCAAACGUAUAAAUACAGACCGAUCUGUUUCGUAUCUCCAAAGACAAAAAAAAAAGUUCCCACCUUUCUCUCUCAUUCUCGCCGCUACAAUCAACUCUCCGGGUCUUUGUCACGUGAUGCCUUGGCGCGAUAGGAUCAGCGAGUUACCUGAAUGUUUGAUAACUAAAAUACUCUCCUACCUUCCCACUAAACACUCUGUGAAGACUAGCGUCUUAUCAACAAGAUGGAAGAAUCUGUGGCUAACUGUUCCAUCUCUCCUCUUAAACUGCCACGACUUCCCUUACAGACAAGACGAAGUGAUCCUCAGCUUCCUUGACAGACUCCUCGAGUUCGACCCCGACUCACGCCUUCUAAAAGUUAAGGUGGAGUGCGGCGGCAGCGAGGAUAUAGACGGGCUCAGGGAUCGGAUCAGCACAGUGAUUCAACGCGGACCUCAGCAUCUUGACGUUGAGAGCUUUACUGAGUACAGAGAUGACGACGACGACAAUUUUCUAUAUCCUUUCAUCGACUACAUACCUCUGAGUCUCUACACGAGCAGGACGUUGGUCUCCUUGACGCUCACGUAUUCGGGUCUCCAGGAUCCUGGUCUUGUCUACAUGCCUUGUCUCAAGUCCAUGACACUCGUAAAAGUUCACUUUCUUCACGCUGCGGAUCUGGAGAAGCUUGUGUCGGGGUGUCCUGCUCUCGAAGACCUGACCUUGAUAAGGAACAUGAAUCCUAUUUAUGCGGAUGAGAAAGUUAUGCGUGUGAGGUCGAGGAGCUUGAAGAGGUUUCGUGUUCCCUUCAGUCACGGAAAGCGUUGCAGGUCGUCUGUGAAAUACACACUUGAGAUUGAUGCUCCGGUGCUAGAGCGUAUGACUCUCGGAGAAGAUCAUUAUGAUAUCAUCAUGGUGAAGAACCUGACUUCUUUGUUUACGGUUGACCUUGGUAUCAAGUUCGUUGUCGAGUUUGGCGUGUUCUUUUAUCCGGGGGACUUACCAAAGAGGAAUGAGAUCCGUUACUUUCUCUCUGGGAUAUCGAGUGUAAAACACAUGAUCAUCUCUGACAAAACAGUCAAGGCCUUUGAGCUUUACUCUAACGUAGGGAUGAUUCCCAAAUUCAACAACUUAUCACGUUUAGAAGCCGUGUUCCCCUUCAAGUUAUUACAGUUUCUGCCAGCC